GUGUCUCUCCCCGUCGAGGAGGCUCUCAUUAAGCCAUUUUUUAAUUUCAUGGGUUGAAUAUAUGUUUUAAAUAUAUGGCUGCCGUGUUUCAGGCGGACUGAGGACACCCACGUCUCAAUAAAGGGAAUAACGUUUGCGCUCAAAGGAAAAAUCCAGCUUUACACACGGCCAUGUGAGGUGGGACUAUGAAAGGCCAAAAUGCAAAAUGCUGUCCAACCCAGAGGAGUGAUGGAAACAGAGGAAGUCAUAGAAACAUGAACUUAGUUGAUCCAGUGUUGAUGAAUUCAACCCCUCUGACAUGGUGUACAACUGUGGAGCACAAAGGUGGACGGGAGCUGAUGAAACAGUCACGUUUAUAAAGCUGAAUGAGGAAACAAGAGGUCUACAUUCUUUGAAUCACGUUGCUAAAGAAGUGUGGGCGUGCUUGAUCUGUGCAUGUGACACAGGAGUACCGGAGUCAAAUGACAGCAUUCGAUGGAGUGACCGUGGAUGCAGCUAUGUAAGAAGACAUCUCUACAGUGUACAGGUCCUGACAGUCAACACACUGCUGUGAUUCAUGCCACAUAUGUGGGCUCUCAGGGAAACAAGCAGAUGAUGUAUACCUGAGAGUCAUCUCAGCGUUUUGCUUACUUCUGUCAGACGAUAAACACCUCUCUACUUAUUCAUUGAAAGAAGAAGGCAGGCAGCAGAAGCUCUGUGUGGUCACCAUGCCUCGGAACCGAGCCUUUUCAGAACCAGAGUACUCUGUUGAGUAUUCAGCGGACUGCUCCGUCACACUGCCCUCUGACCCUGGGCAGGCGGUUGGCCGAACACAUGAGGUCACAGUUCGGAGCUCGGGAUGCUGCCUCUGCCUGCCUCGAUUCAUGCGCCUCACCUUCGCGCCCGAGUCUCUGGAGAACCUCUACCAGACCUAUUUCAGACGGCAGAGACAUGAAACCCUGCUGGUACUCGUCGUGUUUGCCGCUCUCUUCGACAGCUACAUCAUCGUCAUGUGUGCGGUGGUCUACACCACUGACAAGCUGGCUUCUGUUUUAGUGGCAUCAGUGGGACUGGCAGCAGAUAUUAUCCUCUACUUGCUGUGCCGCUUCGGACUGCUGCCAGACCGCAUCUCGAGACGGGUGGUGCCAUACGCCCUGUGGGUGCUCAUAGCAGCUCAGAUAUUCUGCUAUCUGGGUCUGAACUAUGCCCGCUUCCACCAGGCCAGUGACACAGUGGGCUGGCAGGCUUUCUUCAGCUUCUCCUUUUUCCUGACUCUGCCUCUAAGGCUGACACCCAUUGUGCUCAUCACUACUGUGUCUUGCGGGGUCCACACCCUGGUUCUGGGCGUCACCAUUGCCCAGCAGCAGCAGGAGGACAUCAAGGGGUCAGCACUUGUCAGACAGCUGCUGGCCAACAUUGUUAUUUAUGUCUGUGCCAUCACCGUGGGCGUCAUGUCGUACUACAUGGCUGACAGGAAGCAUCGGAAGGCCUUUCUGGAAGCAAGACAGUCACUGGAGGUCAAACUCAACCUGGAGGAACAGAGCCAGCAACAGGAACGUCUGCUGCUCUCCAUCCUUCCCAAGCACAUAGCUGAUGAAAUGCUUCAGGACAUGAAGAAGGAGCCCAGUCAGAAAGAGAUGCAGCAGUUCAACACCAUGUACAUGUACAGACAUGAAAACGUCAGUAUUUUGUUUGCAGACAUCGUGGGCUUUACCCAGCUGUCAUCAUCAUGCAGUGCUCAGGAGCUGGUCAAGCUGCUCAACGAGCUCUUUGCUCGCUUUGACAAACUUGCUGCAAAAUAUCACCAGCUGAGGAUCAAGAUCCUGGGAGACUGCUACUACUGUAUCUGUGGACUGCCCGACUACAGGGAAGACCACGCUGCCUGCUCCAUCAUGAUGGGCCUUGCCAUGGUGGAGGCCAUCUCGUACGUCCGAGAAAAAACCCAGACAGAUGUUGACAUGCGGGUUGGAGUUCAUAGUGGUACAGUCCUCGGGGGAGUACUGGGUCAGAAGCGCUGGCAGUACGACGUCUGGUCCACAGACGUUACUGUGGCCAACAAAAUGGAGGCUGGAGGGAUACCAGGUCGUGUCCACAUCUCACAGAGCACCAUGGAGUGUCUUCAUGGUGAGUUUGAUGUGGAGCCAGGGAACGGAGGUGACCGCUGUGACUACCUGAGGGAAAGGGGCAUUGAGACCUACCUGGUCGUUGUUCCUAAAGGACCUGUGGGAAAGAAUGGCAUCAAUGGUGUAAAGCUGUCUGUGACCUCCUCCAAUGGAAAUUCCCCACUGCUGAUCAACACCACAGAGUGUAAUGGCAGCGUUAAUACAGCCUGCACGACACCGGAGGAACCAGAAGAACUGGACACAAGGGUGGUGAAUCCAUCUUUCCCUAACCCUCGCAGAAGGCUGCGACUGCGGGACCUGGCUGAACGAGUGAUUGAUGCACAGGAGAAUGAACAGGAGCUCAACAAACUACUCAAUGAGGCUCUGCUGGAGAGGGAGACAGUCCAAGCUCUGAAGGGGAAACAUACCAACAGACUAUCCCUGAGGUUUGUGGAGCCAGAGCUGGAGACACGUUACUCGGUGGAGAAAGAGAAACAGAGUGGAGCGGCCUUCUGCUGCUCCUGUGUGGUCCUGCUCUUCACUACAGCUAUGGAGGCACUCAUAGACCCCUGGCUGAUUGCAAACUACAUUACCUGUGCAGUGGGGGAAGUCCUGCUGCUCAUCCUGACAAUCUGUUCUCUGGCCGCCAUCUUUCCUAGAGUCUUCCCCAAGAAGCUGGUGUCUUUUUCCACAUGGAUUGACCACACCCGCUGGGCUCGGAACACGUGGGCCAUGGCAGCCAUUUUGAUCCUUACCAUAGCUGAUAUCAUGGAUAUGCUGAGUUGUCUGCCUCGAGCCCCAGCCUCAGGCAGCCCCACAGUGGCUCCCUCCUCCUGGUCUGGCCCUGACGGAUGCCUGAUCAACCCCAAAUAUUACAGCUACAUCGCUGUGCUGGCACUGAUGGCCACCACCAUGCUGGUUCAGGUCAGUCACAUGGUCAAGCUCACACUGAUGCUGCUCAUCACAGUCGCCAACGGCAUUGUUAACAUCUACAGCUGGAGGGACAUCUUUGACCGCUACGACAUAGCCCGCUUCCAGGACUACAGGUCAUACCUGGUUCCCUCCAAGUUCACAGUGACAAUUAUGGUCUUCAUUAUGAUGGUCAGCUUCUAUUAUUUCUCCCGACAUGUGGAGAAGCUCGCCCGCACCUUGUUCCUGUGGAAGAUUGAGGUCCAUGAACAGAAGGAGAAAGUGUAUGAAAUGAGACGCUGGAAUGAAGCACUGGUGACCAACAUGCUGCCUGAACAUGUCGCUCGACACUUCCUGGGCUCCAAGAAAAGGGAUGAGGAGUUGUACAGCCAGUCUUAUGAUGAGAUUGGAGUCAUGUUUGCCUCAAUCCCCAACUUCUCCGACUUCUACACAGAGGAGAGUAUCAAUAAUGGAGGGAUAGAAUGCUUACGGUUCCUCAAUGAGAUCAUCUCAGACUUUGACAGUCUGCUGGAUGAACCUCAGUUCCGUUGCAUCACAAAAAUCAAGACCAUCGGCAGCACCUACAUGGCAGCAUCAGGCGUCACCCCAGAUAUCAGCAAUGGUUACACCUGCAUGAAGAGAGAGGAGCAGUCUGACAGAGAGCGCUGGCAGCACCUGGCAGACCUGGCAGACUUUGCUCUGGCCAUGAAGGUCACACUCAUGAACAUCAACUACCAGUCAUUUAACAACUUCAUGCUACGUAUUGGUCUGAAUAAGGGCGGAGUGUUAGCUGGAGUGAUUGGUGCCCGAAAACCCCACUACGACAUCUGGGGAAAUACUGUGAACGUGGCCAGUCGCAUGGAGUCCACAGGGGUUAUGGGAAACAUUCAGGUGGUGGAGGACUGCUACAACAUCCUGAAGGAGUACAGCUUCCGCUUUGUGAGGAGGGGGCCCAUUUUUGUGAAGGGGAAAGGGGAACUGCUCACAUAUUUUCUGAAGGGAAGAGACAAACAAGGCUCAUUUAUCAAUGGCUCUUCUGUCACUCUACCACACCAGGUGGUAGACAGCUAAGGACCACACUCACGGACACACAGACACACAAACGCACACAUUAUACAACAAUCACAUCAGGUGUGUGAUGUGUGAUGAAUCCAGAGAGGGCACGGAAGAGAGUUUUUAAAAUGAGAAGUUAUUGGCUGAAAAUGACGUGGAAGAUACCACUAGCAUACUUCAUUCACACCUGUGACAACACACUCAUUACUGAGCACACACACACAUGUUCACUGCCUAUGGAAAGAUGUAUGUACCAGUGGAGAUGUAUUUAAGUUUGAAUGUCAUGUUCAAGUUGAACCACGGAACCCCAAAUAUGAAUAACAAUCAUUUGGAUGAUUUUUUCUUCUUGUUUAUGUGCAUCUGCUCAUAAACACUUGAAAAUGUUAAAGCCCAUGACUUAACUUUUCACUCAAUGCAAUUAAAGUCUGAUAAAUCCUGCCAACUAACAAACAGACAAACUGCAUCGAAACUCUGACUGGAGUGAUAUUGACUUGAAAUUAAAUGUGAUUAAACAGCCAGUUCAGCAAAAUCUCCCCUAAAAACAAACAAAAAAACACAUAUUUCAUCACUAACCUCAUGCAAAUAUUUUCGUUUUUAUUUUUUCAGGCCCCCUUGAAUCAUGUGCCCCCACCCUAAUAUGAUGGAGGUGAAUGGAAUUUCAUAAGUCACUACAGUAUGGCGUAAGCUGUCCAACUGAAUAUUUUCUCAGUCUCCUGUGACAGAACAAAAGUGGUCUACAACAGCUUCCAGACUAACAGUAUGAAUGAAAAUAGCCUCCGUGCUGAAUAAUGCUGUAGAUCUAUGAGACCUUUAGCCACUUGCAUAGUUGUUGUCUCUGCUGCAGGACAGUCAAAGUGAUAAAUCAGUUGUCACAGCUGCUUAUGUACAUUAUUCAUGCCUCAUCCUGUAUUUUGUGGUCCUUUAAACACCACCAUAAAAACAUCUUGCACAAGACCUGACCGCAGUAACAAAUUCAAAAGUUCCUCACGUCUUUAGCAAAUCAACCUCUCGUGUCCAGUGUUACAUACUUUCAGUCAUUGUCCCAAACACAGCAUUCAGUUUCUUUUAUUUAUUUCUUUAUUUGAUAGCAGGCAGCAGCAAGGGAGACAGGAAAGGGGGUUAGAGGAGUAUGACAUGCAACCAACGUCCCCAGCUGCACUCAAACCAGGGAUGUCGUAGUUAUGUGGUAUGCUCUAUGGCCAUUCAGCUAUCAAAACAUUCACUUCAUUUACAAAACAGAUUGACUUAAAUAGAAAUUGCGUUUUGAAUUGAACAUUUCAGCAUGGGAAUGACUAAUUCAAACUGAUGUUGAUUACACACAAUGAUCGGCUUUAUCUCUUUCCAGAACUGUCUCUCAGAUAAAAACCAAACAUUGUAAACACAGAGACACAAAGACACACACACACACAUACACACACACACACACACGCAAUACUUCCAUGUAACUUCCAUGGAAACCAGAAACCUGAUUGAUGAGGAAGAGGAUUUGAAAGUGUACCAAGGAUAGACAAUACAGACCGAUCUGCUACCUGCUGCUGCCCAUGUAUGGUCAUUGGUGUGUGCAUCAGUCAUAGUGUGUUUUUCCAUUGUUGAACUAUUUCUUCUCCUUGAUUCUAGUCUGGGAGUUACUGUGUUCUUCUCUUUCCUCCUUGAGCUUGUGCAGCACACUCCACCGCUGGCUUUUGGAUGUUUGUGUGCCUCGAGCAAUGUUGAAAAUGAAGGAGAACAGACAUCUGUACUGUGCGUUUUUAGGACAGGGACGGGUGACAGUGUCUGGAGGUAUACAUGGUAGAAAUAUUUUUCACGCUAAUUGUGGAUUGAUGGAAGUGCCUAUCACUGCUGUGAUCACAAUGUUUUCAUUUACUUGAAGAAUUACACGGUCCUUUCACAGCAUUGUGAAAGGAGAAUUUCAGUUUAUUACAACUUGGAUUUCAUUUUUGUACCUCAAACCAACAGGUUAGUAUAAGGUUGGUCUCCAGAUAUAAAGAUUUAAAUAAUCUGAAGUGUUGGUUUGUAUCAGCCCUGUUUGAUUGUGUGACUAUGAUCUCAGCUAUUUACUUGUACAGUGUACAGUGAGUACAGUGUCAGAAAAAUAACUGGAUAUUUCUUUUUACUGCUUGGUGGUUGGGGAAAAGGAACGAUGAAACAAAAUCAUUUUAAGUAAAUAUUACAUUAAACGACAUAAAAUUAGCACAAAACAACAAAAAGUUCAGAUAAGGUGGAUAAAGUCCAAGAUAAAGUUGAACUUGUUGCAGCCUUUCCAUGUUGUUUGCACAAGGUUUGGAUCAAUGCCAUUUCAACCAGGUAUUAACAUGCAAUCGGUGUCUGGAUAGUGAUAUCUGACGAUGAGGUAUUUGCAUUUACACUUGGAAUUCAUAAAUGCUCUCAUUAUCUCAUCACUGCCUGCAUUUUGGUGAAACUGUUAAGCAGUGGUUUCCAUCUUCAUGAACAGUGGUCAUCCAUUUAUAAAUAACUUCUUGCAAUCGAAAUGCUAUUGCUUGCAUAUGCUAAAUAAUACCUGUAGCUUUUUUCUGAAGAUGGGUUCAGUUUGCCAGUGAAUUCUGGCCUGAAGUUUUAUUCUGUACUUGUUUGGUCAUGUUAAAGGCUGUAUUUUACAAAAAUACACAUGGACUUGUACACAGGGCUCUGCAUAUGCUAAUGUGUUUAACUACAUGUACUGCAUAAUUAGGGAAUACAGUCUAUGUAGUUAAAGAUAAAUAAAUAAUAAUAGGGUCCAGGCAUCACUUGAGCCCAUGCGACUGUGUGGACAAGUACACGUCCUCUCACAGUUUCAGCAGGUCUGACCUUCAACAUCCAAGUCAUCUUGGUCCCUCUACCCAUGGUGGAAGUAAAGUUCAAAGGCAUAACACCUAAAUAGACAGAAAAGUGUGUCAAAGGUCACUUGAAGCUUGUAAAAAAAAAAAAAAAAAAAAAAAAAAAGGGAUGUGAUUGUGAGUUUCUAGUCACAAACAUUUUGCUUGUGACAGCACACCAAAUUGAUUGCAACCUCUGACAUUAUGCCCACUAACCUUUUAUCUUUGGGAGUAUGAGGCUUUGAUAUGACAGCAGUGACAUGAAGGAGAAUGAGCACACUCACCGGCAGGAAGCAGCUGGACUGUAUAUGUGUCUUGGGGGAAAGUAUUUAUGGAGCCACUGCUCUUUCCUCUGCUGAUUGUAAAGCCCAUUAGUGUUUCUGUAGAAUGGGAUCAAAGUGCAAUAGUUUCUUCUACAAACCUGAUGCCCUCCUCUCUAAUGGAAAGGUUCAAUCAUUCCUUCCCCUUUAACUCAUAUUUUUAUAAUGUAAUGUACAAGUUUUAUUCUAUUUAAAAAAGGGGGAGAGGACUGAAUGUGUCCUUGUUGUACAUAGAGGUUAGACAGUGUUUAUUGGUCAGAUUUAUUUAUUGGAAAUGACAGGGAGGUUUUUUUUUUUCUUACACAGAUGUAAAAGUGCCAAUGAUAAGAAAUGGUUUUAGAUGUAAAAGCCAAAACACAGACCAUGGCUGAUUCCUGAUUUGUAUUUUAAAAGAAUCUCAGGCCUGGGAAUAAAAUAGCACUUUGAAUUUUGUGUCAUGGUUUCAGUUUUUGCUCACAACAGAGCUAAGUACUAACACAAGAACACUGAAAUGCCACCUGGAGAGCCCAUGCUAGCAGGGCCAGCUGAGGGCAUCAAAAGCCAACAAAAUGAUUCAGUUCUAUGGUUCUUCUUGUUGUUGCCAUUCAGCUUUUGUCUGAAUUUGCUUCAGAACUUUGAUUUGUCCUCUCAGUUUUUGUGGAUUGAAUUAGACAUACUGUAAGUCUACUUAGCCUGUACUGAGCAGUGAUCCCAAUUUGGUUUUUAAGUUAAAGAAUUUCUCAGUUAGUGUACCUCUUUUAUUUCAGUUGUUUGUCAUCAUA